GUAACAGUAUUCGCUCUUGACAUAAAUACCAAACUUAGGAUUUCCUAGAGAGUAUGCGAACGCAGCACCCUCUCCACCGUGAACAAACUGCUUGCUGCUAGCACUAUAGUUCAACGCUCACUGACAACAGCGGAAAACAGAUAAAAGAUGGCAGAAAACGACGUUGACACUGAACUUUUGGACUAUGAGGAGGACGAGGAGCCUCAAGGACUCCCAGAAAGCGGCACUCCUGCGAGCAAGAAGGAGGUGAAGGGUUCCUACGUGUCCAUCCACAGCUCGGGCUUCAGAGACUUCCUCCUCAAACCAGAGCUGCUCCGUGCCAUCGUUGACUGUGGGUUUGAGCACCCCUCAGAAGUUCAACACGAGUGCAUUCCUCAAGCGAUCCUGGGCAUGGACAUCCUGUGUCAGGCCAAGUCUGGGAUGGGGAAGACGGCUGUGUUCGUUCUGGCCACGCUGCAGCAGAUCGAGCCAGUGGAUGGACAGGUGUCCGUUCUGGUGAUGUGCCACACUCGGGAGCUGGCCUUCCAGAUCAGCAAGGAGUACGAGCGCUUCUCCAAGUACAUGCCCAGCGUGAAGGUUUCCGUGUUCUUCGGGGGGAUGGCCAUCAAGAACAACGAGGACACCCUGAAGAAGAACUGCCCUCACAUUGUUGUGGGGACUCCGGGGCGCACCUUGGCCCUCAUUCGGAACAAGACCCUCAGCGUGAAGAACAUCAAGCACUUUGUGCUGGACGAGUGCGACAAGAUGUUGGAACAGUUGGACAUGCGGCGUGACGUGCAGGAGAUCUUCAGAUUGACGCCCCACGAGAAGCAAGUCAUGAUGUUCAGUGCGACUCUGAGCAAGGAGAUCCGUCCGGUGUGUCGCAAGUUCAUGCAGGAUCCGAUGGAAGUGUUCGUGGACGAUGAGACCAAGCUGACUCUCCACGGCCUACAGCAGUACUACUGCAAGCUGAAGGACAGCGAGAAGAACAGGAAGCUGUUCGACCUUCUGGAUGUGCUGGAGUUCAACCAGGUGGUGAUCUUUGUGAAGUCGGUGAACCGCUGCGUCGCUCUGUCGCAGCUGCUGGUGGAGCAGAACUUCCCCGCUAUCGCGAUCCACAGAGGCAUGGCGCAGGAGGAGAGGUUAUCUCGGUACCAGCAGUUCAAAGACUUCCAGCGGCGGAUCCUGGUGGCCACCAACCUGUUUGGACGAGGCAUGGACAUCGAGCGCGUCAACAUCGUCUUCAACUACGACAUGCCGGAGGAUUCCGACACGUACCUCCACAGGGUAGCACGUGCCGGCAGAUUCGGGACCAAAGGUCUGGCCAUCACCUUCGUGUCGGACGAGGUCGACGCAAAGACUCUGAACGAGGUCCAAGAUCGCUUUGAGGUCAACGUAGCCGAGCUGCCCGACGAGAUCGACAUCUCCUCGUACAUUGAACAGUCCAGAUGAGUGAAGCGACCUUCCACUGAAGACUUUGUGUGACUCCCUUGUUGUUACUGUAUUGUUGGAAGAUAAAAAACGUAAAAAACAAGUUUCAGCUUUUCUUUAAA